GGGAAGUGUUCAUGCCUGAAUGUCCUUGGUGAAACGUUGUAUUCAUCCGUGGCAUUCGAUGGUAGGGCUGACAUUUGGUUUUACUGGUUUUCAUGUUUUUUAGUAUCCUUUUGUUAAUUGUCGCAGAGUAAUACUUUCAGCAUUUACUGUUGUCUUUUGAAAAUAAGCUUACGUCAUAUUGCCCAAUGAUUUCAUCAUAUUAAGGACUAUUUGUGUCAGCGAGUUGCAACACUCAGUUUCAGCUAGACUUUAGAUUCUUCUGGUAGGUGCAACAACGGAGGUUAUGUAUGAAUACUAGUGGGGAAAGUGCUUAGGGAAAUUUCGUUGCAUAUUUCCAUUUUCUUAGACACGAUGAAAAGGUUUUUGCUUGAUUUUGGAAGUAUUUUAGGCGUAUUUUGGCGGUCUUUCAAUUGAUACUCAAUGGACGGGGAAUGAAAUAUAAAAUUGAUUAUUGAACAAUAGUAUCAAAUUAAUGAAAUUUGAAGUGUAUUUCGCAACCAAAAGGCAAGAGGGUCUAAAUCGAUCUUUGUUAAAAGGCGUCAACGUCAUUCUGUUGGAAACGGCGUCGUCAUGUCAGAUUUACAAAACGAAGACAUUUUUUCUUGAAUAUUUUAGUCAUUAAUUUGCUUCUAUCUGGUUUUCGUUUGCAUUGAUGUUUAAGAAAAUCUUGCAAUUUAUCCCAAUUGUAUAAUAAACAGUAACCCUUGGUUACAUGAUGGAAAAUUGUUUCUUGAUUUUAAAAUUGGUUAUCUAGUAUUUAUGUGGUGAAGAGGGCAUGCAAUGAAAAAUUGGAACACUGACCCUCAAAGUUGAGUCCGUCGAAAACAAUCAAACACGCAGAUAGAGGUAAUUUCAUUUCACCCAUCCUAAUAAUUUCGAUGAAAUGGUAGGUUUUGGUUUGAUGCAGCGUGUGGGUGUGGUCCUGACACCGUGCCAUGGACAACUCAAACCGAGAACUUGUGAGUUUAGGGUAAGAAUCCGAUGUUCCUCCAACAUUUAUGUGUCUAGGAAGAAAGUGCUGGAGAAAGUGGACGAGGAGCUAGCAAAGGGAGAUGACAGAGCAGCGCUGGCACUUGUGAAGGAUUUGCAGGGUAAGCCUGGUGGGCUUAGAUGCUUCGGUGCAGCCAGACAGGUGCCUCAAAGGCUUUACACCUUGGAUGAAUUGAAGCUAAAUGGAAUUGAAACUUUGUCUCUUCUGUCGCCUGUGGACACGACUCUUGGUUCAAUAGAAAGAAAUCUUCAGAUUGCUACUAUUCUAGGAGGUCUUGCUGCAUGGAAUGCCUUUGGAAUUUCCCCACAACAAAUCUUCUAUAUAUCACUGGGGUUGCUAUUUCUAUGGACACUAGACGCGGUCUCUUUUGGUGGAGGUAUUGGUAGCUUGGUUGUUGAUACAAUUGGUCACACUUUCAGUCAGAAAUACCACAAUAGGGUUAUUCAACAUGAAGCUGGCCACUUUUUAAUUGCUUAUCUGAUAGGAAUACUUCCUAAGGGAUAUUCUAUUUCUAGUUUGGAUGCUCUGCAGAAGGAGGGAUCUCUGAAUAUUCAAGCAGGCACAGCCUUUGUGGAUUUUGAAUUUCAAGAAGAAGUUAAUACAGGAAAAGUAUCAGCUACAACAUUGAACAGAUUUUCAUGUAUAGCAUUGGCUGGGGUGUCUACGGAGUAUCUUAUAUAUGGAUUUUCUGAAGGAGGUCUGGAUGACAUAAGAAAGUUGGAUUUACUGCUCAAGGGAUUAGGCUUCACACAGAAGAAGGCAGAUUCUCAAGUUAGAUGGUCUUUGCUAAACACGGUCUUGCUCUUGAGGAGGCAUGAAGCAGCUCGAGCUAAGGUUGCUGAGGCUUUGUCAAUGGGAAAAUCUGUUGGAACCUGCAUUGACAUUAUAGAGAGCUCUAUCGAUGUUUCAGAUCUUUAAUCGAAGCUUUUGAUUAUUCCCUUCUAAUGUUGAUUAAUAUUUCUAUAAAUUUUCAUUUGGUGUCUCUGUCUUGCUCCGUUACUAGAGAAAAAUGUGAAU